UACUCUAUUCCUGGAUAUUUACAACAUGCUUCAGUGGAGGAGGAGACACUGCUGCUUUGCAAAGAUGACCUGGAAUGCUAAAAGGUCUCUGUUCCGGACCCACCUUGUGGGUGUGCUUUCUCUAGUGUUUCUUUUUGCUAUGUUUUUGUUUUUCAAUCAUCAUGACUGGUUACCAGGUAGACCUGGAUUCAAAGAAAAUCCUGUGACAUACACUUUCCGAGGAUUUCGUUCUACAAAAAGUGAAACAAAUCACAGCUCCCUUCGGAACAUUUGGAAAGAAGCAAUUCCUCAGACCCUGAGGCCUCACACAGCAUCUAACUCCAAUAACACAGAUGUAUCACCACAAGGAGUUACAGGACUAGAGAAUACACUCAGUGCCAAUGGAAGUAAUUAUAAUGAAAAGGGUACUGGAUACCCAAACUCUUACCAUUUCAAAUAUAUUAUCAAUGAGCCUGAAAAAUGCCAAGAGAAAAGUCCAUUUCUAAUACUAUUAAUAGCUGCAGAACCUGGACAAAUAGAAGCAAGAAGAGCUAUCCGGCAAACAUGGGGCAAUGAAAGUUUAGCACCUGGCAUCCAAAUCACACGGAUUUUUUUAUUGGGCAUAAGUAUUAAACUAACUGGCCAUCUUCAACAUGCAAUUCUGGAAGAAAGCAGACAAUACCACGACAUAAUUCAACAGGAAUACUUAGAUACAUACUAUAAUCUGACCAUUAAAACACUAAUGGGUAUGAACUGGGUUGCAACAUACUGUCCACAUAUUCCAUACGUCAUGAAAACAGACAGUGACAUGUUCGUCAAUACUGAAUAUUUAAUACACAAGUUACUAAAGCCAGACCUGCCUCCUAGACAUAACUAUUUUACUGGGUACCUAAUGAGAGGCUAUGCACCUAACAGAAACAAAGACAGCAAAUGGUACAUGCCACCAGACCUUUAUCCAAGUGAGCGUUACCCUGUCUUCUGCUCAGGAACUGGUUAUGUUUUUUCUGGGGAUCUAGCAGAAAAAAUAUUUAAGGUUUCUUUAGGCAUCCGUCGUUUGCACUUGGAAGAUGUGUAUGUAGGGAUCUGUCUUGCCAAGUUGAGAAUUGAUCCUGUGCCCCCUCCCAAUGAGUUCGUGUUCAAUCACUGGCGAGUUUCUUACUCAAGUUGUAAAUACAGCCACCUCAUUACCUCUCAUCAGUUCCAGCCUAGUGAACUGAUAAAAUACUGGAACCACUUACAACAGAAUAAGCACAACGCCUGUGCCAACGCAGCAAAGGAAAAAGCAGGCAGGUAUCGGCACCGCAAACUACACUAAAAGACUAUUUUUGUUCAAGUGUGUAAUCUGUAAAUAUUGCUUAAAGCAUGUAUAGUUUAAAACUUGAUUAUAUACAUAGGACAAGUUUUAGUUCAACUCAUCACAUAAAGGAACUCAAAACUAUUUUUUUAAUUUCAGAAGAAGCUAAUUCAUAAAAUUACAAAAGUAUGACAAAAAGGUAUCCCAAAAGACUCUUUUUUAAAAAAACUGUAUAAAGGGAUUCUCUGUAUUAACAUGCAAUAAUAAGCAUGCAUCCAUAAAUGGUUCCUUCAAGUCUUACACUAGGGACCAAUGCAAUGUAACUGCAUACAUUUCCACAUAAAAAUUUAAGAAGUGAAGAUCGUCAAAAGAUUGCUAGAUUUACUUUGAAUUUCACCAUAAUUUAAUGUAAAUAAGACAGUACUAUUGCUUUUAAGGGAACUUUGUACUGUGCAGAGAACACCUUUUCUGACCAGACUCUAGAGUUCUAAAACUUUAUACUACAUGCAAUAAGACUUAGUUAUUCCAUAAACUCAUUUAUAGCAUUCAAGUGUUUAAGCAAUGCAAUUCUCAUUCAAGCAUUUACUUUUAAAAACAAUUGACAAUUGUUUUAAUUUCGUUUAUUAAUUGUCAUAUAUGCUGGGGAAAUUUAUUUUGACAUGUGACAAAUGUGAAAAAAUUAAUGUGUCUCAGGCUCAAGUUUUUAUAAAAUGAAUUAUUAAAGGUUUCAAAAUAGA